AUGACCACAUUUUCUAAAGACCAAGUACACCUUGAUCGACCUAGAUCUAGCUCAUCGUUCCGUACUUCUCAUCAUAUACCCUCGACAUCGACGACAACCGCCGCGCGGGAGAGCUCUACUGUAUCCCCGAGAACACCCUUGCCUCGCUCGUCAUUCAGACCUGAUCUGCCAAAACACCAAUACGAUCCUCUCCCGUCCAUCGGGAUCGAGGAUGGAGACGAGCAGAAUCAAGGGGAAACGCGUUUGAGAAGGAGACAGAGUCUUGAAAGGACCCGUUCAUGGGCUGAAGAAGUCGGAAGAAAUAGAAAGAAAUCAGAGAAGAUAAGUAAAGAAAGACAGCCACUGGUAGCAGAUCAUUUGAUCACCCCUUAUGGUCAACCGUUCUGGUCAGUAUCAUCUGAUGUGAUAGAUUCCCUGGUAGAAGCUUGUGGUUCAUCCACGUCGGAGUUAUCUCAUCUACCAAGCGCAGCAAAAGUCAUAGCCGCCAAUAAGAGAAGGAGUUACCGUAUUGACACCGAUUCUGAAGGGGGGAAAAGUGAAGAAGAGGAAGAAUGGUGGAAUGAAGAUGUCUAUCGUCAAAGGGAAAACGGCAGAUCGUCCAACACGUUGGACGUCAUCCAACCUAGAAAAAGCACGAGGUCGGAACGUAGAAGGAAGACAAGUGACGUAGAUAAGGGUCAGCGAUUCAAAUUGAUGUCUAUGGAAUAUCCUUCUGAGCUACCCAGACGAGAAUCAUCCUCCUCCUCAUCACUUCCAAUCAGCCCUUUGAACCCAGCAACCCCACCAGCAUCAGUCAAGCAGCCAGCCACGUCUAUCAUGUCGAUAGAAGAUAUAAUCAAGAAGCAUUCACCUAGAGUGACUAUAGCCGAAAAUGCUGUCAAAACAAGAGCAAAGAAGGAGAUCGAGGAGGUUCGACCUACGUUGGAAUGUAUGGUACCAAUGCAGAAACGACCGAACCAGGUUGUUCAGUCGUCAAAACCUUGCGCUGGACAAACGACCGCAGUCGAAGUCUCCAGGAGACAUGGACUUACCGAAAAGGGAUCAGAGACUAGCAAAGUGUCGGUCAUCCCUUCAUUGCAGCCUAUGCGUCCUACGCCAAACCCAACAAAUAGUCUACUGAAUAUGAAACCAAUCCUCCGUCCAUCACUGUUAUCCCAGCCUUCCUCUGAUCGAGGUAAGGGAGGGGUCUCUUACAGUCCGUUGGAACGAAACAGGACCAGUGAAAAAUCGUUGUCUAGAGAGAUGGAAAUAACGACCGCUCUAUUGGAUCAGUUGGGUCAGCUUGAGCAGAAUGCAAGUGGAUCACUACGAUCUUCUACGCCAUGCUCCUCCAGACGAAUCAGCUUUCAGACAUCUCCUGCUCACACGCAACGCCUUCAAUCGUGCACUACUACCUUCACGCCUACGAAGAAUGCUAAGCUGUCCAAAAGGAAAAGUUUGCCUGAAUCAGUCAUACUGUCAGCUCAAGCCGAAGCUACGUCUUUGAAACACGCUGUUUAUUUGCGUUCGAUUCACCUCAAUAUGAUCAUCAACCUGCCAAAACCAUACCCUGAAACCCCACUUUGCGUUUCUUUGGCUGAAAUAGGCAAUCCAUCCGGUCAUCCAGUGGUGAUCUUCCUGGGCUUGGGUUGCGUCAGGUAUUUGAUAGCUUUAUUCGAUGAUAUAGCACGAGCUUUCAAUUUGAGGCUGAUAUGUAUCGAUAGAUGGGGGUUCGGAAAGACAGAUCAAGUAUCACUCGAGAAAAGAAAAGUGAAAGAUUGGUCCGAUGUAGUGGAACGUGUCUUGGACCAGAUUGGAGUAAAAGGUUUUCAGGUUUUAGCUCACAGCGCUGGUGCACCAUAUGCUCUUGCGACUGCUUUGAAGAUGAGAGAUAGGAUAAAGGGGAAAGUCCAUUUGCUGUCACCUUGGGUAAACGCCGAUAUUGAUGGAGGUUAUAAAUGGCUCAAAUAUGUUCCCAAUAAAGUCAUCAAGUCGGCCACGGCAGCUGAAUGGAAAUUACAAUCCUAUCUGAUUGGUAAACCACCCCCGUUGAAUCAUAAACCAAUUUCAUAUGAUGCUACCUUACCAGUAUCAAACUACUCCCGUCCGUUGGCCACUGCGUCAUCAACCGACAAGCAAAUGGCGGGAACGUUGAAAAGAAAUUCGAUGACCAAACCAGAUUCCUCUCAGAAACAGCGAGGUCUUGUUAGGAGAGCUUCGAAAAUUCUCAGCCGCAGACCCCUUGAUAAUUUCUGGGAUAAUGAAACUUUCGCUCACGCGGACCAAUCUCGUUCAUCAUUGGCCAACCCUGCUGACGACUGUGCAAAGUCGUAUGAAGCUUCCUCAGUAUCAACCACACAAGCCCAGAAAAUCACUUCCUCCGUCCAACAGACAAGGUCACAUUCCCAAAACUCAAUCAUAUCUGUCGAUAGCUCUGUGCAGACAGAUCUGAAGACUCCUGUGUCGAAGAGCUCUUGCGACGAAACCCCACCUUGGUCAUCAUUCGAACUUGGCAAGAUGCCCACAGUGGUAAAAGAAGUUGGUUCUGGCUCAUUUGCUACUGAACUUUACGAAUUGAACGCAUCCUCACUCGACACUCAGUGCAUUACUACCCCUGCCAUACAUUCAACGUUGCUUCGGACCAAUUCAUAUCCAUCUUGUACAUCGCUGCCUACGGGCGUCACGAGAGCGCUCGCUCCCACUGGAGAGGCAUUCACCGCAGCUUUAACUCAAGCUUCUCAUGCCGAAUGUGAGCCAGGAACAACCGCUGAUUUGCUGUCAAUCAUCCUGAACAGGGAGCCAAACCCGUGGGGUUUCAAUUAUACGGAUUACACAGGUUCUGUUAAGAUUUGGUAUGGCUCUGAGGAUGAUAAGAUAUCCGAAAAGAGUAUGAGAUGGAUGGAGAGAUCGAUGGAAGACGUUGAACUGAUUAUCAGACAAGGAGAGGGUCACAAUUUGCUGACCUCUGUGAGAACGAUGUGGGAGGUGUUUGAAAGCUUGAGCAAAGAAGCGAAGUCUGAUGCCACUAUGUAA